GCGGCCACCGUAGUCGAGGGUAGCAAGAUGGCGUCCUCCGUUUUUGCGGGUGCUGUGAGAGCGGCUUCAGGAAUCUUACGGCCCCUGAAUAUUUUGGCUUCUUCAGCCUAUCGGAACUACGCCAAGAAUGCCUGUUUCAAUUCUGCACUGGCUACCAUUCAUUUUAGUCACAUUCGGACACCAGUUGUUUCCUCUGCUUGCGGGCUUGUCACUUCUGUCAGAAACCUGACAUGUCACCAGACUGCAACAAUCCUUAAUAGAGUGGCUCCUUUGGUUCCCAGUGUCCUGAAGCUGCCUGUCAGAACUGUAACAUAUUUCAGCUCACGAAAAGGCAAGAGGAAGACUGUAAAAGCUGUUGUCUAUCGGUUUCUUCGGCUUCAUUCUGGCCUUUGGCUACGAAGAAAGGCUGGCUAUAAGAAAAAAUUAUGGAAAAAGUCCCCUGCCAGAAAAAAACGCUUGAGAGAACUUGUGUUCUGCAAUAAGACCCAGAGUAAACUCUUAGACAAAAUGACAACAUCAUUCUGGAAAAGGAGAAACUGGUAUGCUGAUGAUCCUUAUCAGAAGUAUCAUGAUCGAACGAAUCUGAAAGUGUAGAUUAGAAGGCUUACAGUUUCCCGGCUAGUGGAUGUGCUUCUUUGUAUACAUGAAGUCCUUUCAAAGAUGAGUGUGUACUUGUGCUGGAGAGAUGACUCAGCCAUUAAAGGUGCUUGCUUGCA